AUGUCGGCGCUCCGGCGGAGCUCGAGCUCGAGCCCGUCGCCGGCGCAGAAGGCCAAGUACGACGCGGCGAUGAACGAGUUCGAGCGCGCCAUGGAGAAGAUGAGCAAGUCCAUGCGCAAGUCCGCCGUGCAGUCCAUCCGCGAGGACGAGCGCAUGCGCCAGUCGGCGCGCGAGAUGCUCAUCCACGUCGCGCGCGCGCGCGUCGCCGCGCACGGCGCGGCGUCGAUCUCGCUCGCGCGGACGGACCAGGAGGCCGCGACGGCGACGACGACGGCGCGGCGCAAGUCGCUCCAGGACAUCUCGCUCGUGUCCGGCGCGGCGGCCAAGGUCGCGCUGGACCGGUCCGUGGAGCGCAUGCGCCGCGACAAGCACGCCAACGAGACGUCGGCGGAGCGCGCCGCGCGCGAGGCCGCGGAGGCCGCGGAGCGGAAGGACCAGCAGCCGGUGUUCGAGCACCUCGAGGCGUGCACGGAGCGCGUGCUUAGGGCGGAGCUGGCCUUGGCGCGGCGCAUCGCCCAGGGCAAGUCGGACCUCCACGAGUCGUCGCGGCGCCACCUGCGGAGCCUCGCCGAGGAGAUGGGCGAGGCGCUCCUGCCCGAGGACGACGACGUCCGGCGGGAGCGCGACCGCCAGCUGCUCGACAGCCGGCCCCAGGUCAUCGACGCGCUGCUCAGCGGCGAGGGCGCGGAGAUCGAGGCGGCCUUCGAGGUGCUCGCGGGCCCCCUGAUCCUCUACAUCCGCCACUACUCGAACGCGCUGCAGAUGGUGCCCAAAUUGCUGCUCAUCAUGAUCGGCCUGCCGAUCAUUUUGGAGCAGGACCUCAAGCUCGGGAGCACGUGCAAGGACGUGCUCAUGAUCGGCGGGCGGCCCUUCCUGCCCAUGUCCGCGUGGCUCCUGACGCAGAUCAUCACGGACAUCGCCAUCGUCAUCACGCGCGCGCGCCGCUUCUACCUCAUGCGGCCCGUCGUCAGGGCAGCAAAAGGGCCCGUCGUCCUCGCGUUCGACCGCGGCGAGGGCGUCGAGGCGACGCGGCUCCGGAACCGGAAGCGGUCCGAGCUCUUCACGUCCUUCCUCAAGCACAACAUCAUGAAGAUCGGCCGCAAGUCGAAGAUCUCCGCGGGCGCGCGGCGGGGGCGGCGGAACAACACGUUCGAGGAGGACCUCAAGGGGUCGCGGACGUCGCGGCGGCCCGGCGAGCUGACGAUGAACGAGAAGAACAUCCGGGGCCUCGAGGACAUGCUCGACGCGAACCUGAGCGACGACGGCGAACCGCCGGAGCGGCCGCGCGCGCCGUCGACGCGCGCGCGGUCCGCGUCCGUCGAGUCCUUGGAGUCGGAGCUCGACGACGACGACGCGGCGCCGCCGCACGCCCUCGACGCGAUCAUACCGAUCGAGGAGGCGUCGGAGCGCGGCGAGCGGGCUUUGCUGGCCCUGGCGCGCGUCGAGAACUCGGGCACGCGCGUGCCGCUGGCGCUGCUGACGAUCCUCUCGUUCACGCUCGGCCUCGCGGGCGGCGUCUACCUCCUGCUCCCCUUCGGGCGCGACUCCUGCCAGCCGCUGGCGCUCGUGCUCGCCAACUCCUACAUCGCCUUCUUCUACAUCUUCUUCGUGCCCAACCUGCUGAUCUGCAUCGUCGCAAUCAUCGAGCUCACGUCGAUCAACCCCGAGGACCACCGGCUCCAGGACAUCCUGGAGCGGACCAUGGCGCGCCUCGACGACAUCUUCUUCCUCGGCCAGGUGCCCCUGUGCACCUUCUUCGCGAAGCGGUUAUUACUAAAAUCGACGGCGCCGCCGCUCGACGGCGCGCGGCUCAAGGCGCUCCUCCGCCGCGACGCGUACAUCCUCAAGCACCGCCGCGAGACGCUCAAGACGGCUUUGGACGACUGCGACGAGCAGAUCGCCGCCGUCGACUCCAUCCGCAAGCGGGCGCGCCUCGCCUACAAGAAGAAGGACACCAUCGACCCCUUCGCGGAGACGCCGGGUUUGCGGGUUCGCCGCUACUCGCGCUUCGUGCCCGAGGUGUCCUGGCACCAGUCCUUCGUGCCCGUCUACCGCGAGGUCGACCCGGCGACGCCCCUCGAUGGCUACGACCCAAACUUCCCGCGCACGGCCGUGAGCCCCAUCAAGCUCUUCGGCAACACGUUCCGCCUCCAGUCGCCGCGGCGCGCGUCCGACGCCGCCGAGGGCCGCCGCGACUCCGACGCGAGCGAGUUCGAGUUCUACGACGCGCUGUUCGGCGAGAAGGUGCAUUCCUCCAGUUCGCGCGCGGCCGCGUCGGCGCGCUGCGACUCCACCUUUCCCUUCGUCGCGGUGCUGCGACUGGCCACCCAGCGCUUCUGCGAGGACCGCGUGCGCGUCUUCCGCGUCGGCGACGGCGACUUGCGGUCUGAUUCGCCCCACCAGGCGCCGCCGCCGCCGUUCCCCCAGGCCGCCUGCGCGACGGCCCGGGGAUCCGCGAUCACAGGCUCGCCGACGGCCGGCUCCGCCGGCUCCUGGACUCGCACGGUCGGCCCGGCGCGCAACCUCGACUUCGGCGACACGCCGACGCGCGACGCCCCGGCCGGACACGCCGCGCUCGACGCGACGAACGCGGAGCACAACUCGCCGCUCCACCUGCUCGCGCGGUCCGGCAACGUCGAGGGCGUGGGCCUGCUGCUGCAGCACGGCGCGGACCCGAACCUGCGCGGCGCCGGCGGCUGUUCGCCGCUCCACGCCGUCUGCGACGCGCCCCUCGACGGCGCGGACGAGCAGCACGCGCGCUGCGUCGCCGCGCUCCUGGCCGCGGGCGCGGACGGCGACGUGAGGGACGACGCUGGCCGCUCGCCGCUCCUCGCGGCCGUCGAGCGCGGGCGCCUCGCCUGCGUCGCGUGCCUCGUCGAGCGCGGCGCGGACUUUGGCGGCGACGCCGACGGCAGGACGCCUCUCCACGCGGCCGCGGCCGCGAGCCCCGAGGCGCUCGCGCUGCUCCUCGCGGCGCCGGGCGACCGGAGGCCCGGCGGCGCCCUGCCCGCAUCCCCCAGUACGCCCGGCGGCACGUCCGCCGCCGUCGCCAUCUACGAGAAGAUCCGACGACGCGGCGUCGAGGGCAUCCGGAAGGCGGACGAGCCGCGGUCGCCGACGAAGGCGGCGCUCACGCCGCCGCGCGGCAUCACGAUCCCGGACCCGCCGACGCUCUCGCCGUCCGACGACGGCGACGACGGCGCCGCCUACGAGCCCUACGGCGCGACGUCGGACCGGUGGCCCGUCGACGAGCGCGGGGAGGCGGUCUACGUCGCGCCUCCCGCGGACGCGUGGGUCGAGUGCUGGACGGACGCCGGCGAGCGCUACUACUACUGCCCGGCGACGCAGGCCUCGGAGUGGGAGCUCCCCGCCGGCGCGGCGCUCGACGCGACGUCGCCCAUGGCGCCCAUCCCCGAGGCCGCCGAGGCCGCGCCCGCGGCCGCGCCCGCCGUCGCGGCCGGGGACCUCCACGCGGCGGCCGCGCGCCUCGACCGCGCGCGGCUCCUCGAGGUGCUCGCGGGGGGCGUCGCCCCCGGGUCCGUCGUCGACGCCGUCGCGGCGGCGACGCCCCUCCACGCGGCCGCGCGCGCGGCCGGCGCCGCGGGCGCCGACGCGAAGACCGUCGCGGCCGUCGUCGGCGCGCUCUGCGACUUCGGCGCGGACGUCGACGCGCGCGACUCGCGGGGCAACACGCCCCUGCACGCCGCGGCCUCGGCCGGCGCGGCCCACGCCGUCGGCGCGCUGCUGCGCUGCGGCGCGGACGCGGCCGCCGCGAACACGAACGGCGACACGCCGCUGCACCUCGCGGUCUGGCACCGCCGCGAGGCCUGCUGCCGGCGUUUGGUCGACUACGGCGCGCCGCUGGCGGCGCUGAACAAGCGCGGGCGGAGCCCGCGGGCCCACGCGCGCGCGCGCGUCCACCGCGACGCCGCGGGCAAGUCGAGCCCGCGCAACUCCGCGGCCGCGCGCGACGCGGACGCGGCGGCCCUCGGCGAGAUCAGCGACCUCCUCGAGGCCGCGGCGCCGCGCCGCGAGUCCCUCGGGUCCGACGCGGACGCCGCGCUCCUCGACGACGAGGAGUUCUUCGACGCCGUGCUCUCGCCCGGCCGGCCGCCGUCGCCCCGCGAGGCGAGCCAGGGCUUCCGCGACCCGGCGCCCCUGGGCCGCCGCGGCUGCUCCGGGAGCCGGAACCCGCUCUACGUGAGCUCGCCGACGGCGUCGUCGCCGCUCUACGCGUCGCGCCGCGCGUCGCCGCGGACGCCGUCGCCCCACAAGGCGUCGCCGGGGUCCGCGGACCUCCGCGACCUCAGCGCCGACGUGCUCCUCGACAUGGACCGCUACCGCGCGAGGCUCAGCCCCGCGGCGUCCGCGUCGCCGCCGUCGUCGUGCGCGUCGCCCGUCGCCGCCGCGGGCGCGGCCGCGCCGGACCUGCUCCGCGGCCUCCGCGCGCACCACCGCGCGCUCGGGGCCGCCAUGGGCGCGGCGGAGCCCCCGGGGCGUCCCGGACCUGCGGGCAGCAUGGGCUCGACGUUUUGGGCCGCCGCGGCCCUGCUGCCCCUGGUCCUGGCCUACGAGGUGAAGGAGGACGAAUACGCCCACGCGCGCCUGCCGGGCCACGGCUACGACUCCCACAAGGAGUACCCGAGCCUGCCGAACCUGCCCUACACCGUCGACGCGACGCGGCUCAGCGACGGCGUGUCGAGCGUGUCGCCGCUGACGGGCACGGCGCCGGCCUUCCCGAUCCACCGCGGCGACGUCUCCGACGCCCCCGACGGCCGCGCGGUGCUCGCGGCGGCGAAGCGCCAGUCCGAGGUCGACCAGGGCGUCGCGGCCGUCGGCGACGGCGCGUACGUCCGGGAGCAGCGCGUGGACCGCCUCGAGGAGGCCGGCGCCUGGGGGCCGGCGCCGACGCGCCAGUUCGUCGUCAACGCGUCCCUGCGCUGGAACCCGAGCUCCUUCGCGAUCCAGCGGGGCGAGACGUACCGCGUCGACGUGCUCGGGCCGCAGCGCUGGGUCGACGGCUUCGUGAAGAUCGACGCCGACGGCUACCCGGCCCACUACGACGCCAUCAGCCAGUGCUGGGUCGCCGCGGGGCGCUGCCGGCCCUACCUCGGCGCGCGGAAGCGCCUGCCGGACGCGGACUGGUUCGCGCUCGUCUGCGGCGUGGGCGACUACGUCUGGAAGCUCCAGGAGGACGAGCUCGACCCGACGUUCCUCCCCCUGCGCGAGGCCGAGGUCUCCGCGACGCUCUUCUUCGUGGGCCACUACCUCGAGUUCACCGCGGUCGACGACGGCGAGCUCAUCUGCUUCGCGAACGACGCGGACCACCUCUACUGGAACAACCAGGGCCAGCUCGUCGUCGACGUCGCCCGGACGUCCUGGCCGCCGACGCGGUACACGAACUACGAGGCCUACCUCUCCGACCGCAACUCCCCCGCUUCGACCAUGCAUCGCAACCGCCUCCUCUCUCUCCUCUCCAUCGUCGCCGUCGCCGCCGCGGGCUCCGACUGCGUCGACAAGUCCGCGAAGAAGUGCAAGAAAGACAUGAAGUGCCGCUACCACAAGAAGUCGUGCGUCCCCCUCGACUGCGCGGCGUUGUCGAAGAAGAAGUGCAAGAAGAUCGCGAAGCGGGGAAAAUGCGCGUACGAGAAGAACAAGGCGUGCGCGCCCCCGGCCACCGCACUCACCGACAAGUGCGCGAAGAAGGCCGAGGGCAAGUGCAAGUGCAAGAAGAAGCGCUGCUGCGCGUGGACCGGCGCCGCGUGCGCGGCCGAUCCCUGCGCCGCCCACUCCAAGCGAAGCAAGUGCCUCCGCGCGGGCCGGCGCAAGGGCUGCGCCUACGCGAAGAAGCGGUGCUCGUCGCCAGGGGCGGGCGGCCUCGAGGAGUCCGACGAGGACUCGAACAAGCUCGUCGAAACGGCGGUCUCGCCGACGCCCGCGCCGACGCCCGCGCCGACGCCCGCGACGCCCGCGCCGACGCCUCGCCCGACGCCCGCGCCGACGCCUCUCCCGACGCCCGCGCCGACGCGGUGGGCGCCCGAGCUCGAGGCCCUCGCGGACGUCACGGACAGGGCCGGCGCGGCCGUCGCCGUCGCCGCGUCGUCCGCGCCCGCGUUCGCCGACGUCGACGGCGACGGUUUCGCGGACCUCGCGCUCGGCGGCGCGGACGGCGUCGUCGUGCUCUACCGCGGCUCGGACCGGGGCUUCGCGCGCGACGGCGAGAUCCCGGGCGCGAACGUCGGCGUCGACGCGGUGCCGAGCUUCGCGGACGUCGACGGCGACGGCGACCCGGACCUCGUCGUCGGCUGCAACGCCGGCGGCGUCAUCCUCUUCCUCAACGAGGGCGGCGUCUUCGGCGCGGGGUCGCCCGUCGAAGCCGACGUCGCGGGCUUCAAGAACAAGGACAUCGACUCCGGCGCGCGCAGCGCGCCGGCCUUCGCGGACCUCGACGGCGACCUCGACCUCGACCUCCUCGUCGGGUCCCAGAACGGGUUCCUCGAGCACUACGAGUCCAACGGCCGCAAGUUGGCGUUCGUCGGCCGGCUCCUCGACGCGUCCGGCGCGGAGAUCUACGGCGGCCUCCGCACGAGCCCGGCGGUCUUCGACGUCGACGGCGACGGCGACCCGGACCUCGUGCUCGGCGACGAGUCGGGCGCGCUCGCGUACUACGAGAACUCCGGCGGCCGCGGGCCCUUCCGCUUCGCGUACGCCGGCGACCUCGCCGCGGGCGACCGCCUCGCCAAGCCCGCCUUCCUCGGCGCCGGCGACGCGCCGACGCUCGUCGUCGGCGGCGCCGCGGGCGCGCUCGCGGCCUACGCAGCCCCGCGCAAGCCCGGCUGGACGCCCGCGCCGACGCCGACGCCGCGCGCCACGACGACGACGACGACGACGACCGCGCCGGACGACGACCUCAUGAACGACGGCUUCGGCUUCGGCUUCCCCUGAUUCAUCCUGAAGCGAGCCCCCCCCCAUCUAAGCACCGGCGGAGGCGUG